AUGGUCGGGAUCCCGGGAAAAUCAAAGGCUUGUAGGGACUGCAAGAGGCGUCGUGUCAAGUGCGACUUGACAUUGCCCUCGUGCAUGAGAUGCAUCAAGGCCGGAAUUGUAUGCAAGGGCUACGAGCAGGCGAUGCUCUGGAUCAACAGCACCCCGGACCAUCCUAAUGUCACUGCCAUCUCUGCCAUCACUGAUGCCCAGCUACACCAGCGCCAGCAGUGCUCUCCAUCCUCAGAAUGGGCUCGACUUCUCCAUCAACUCCGUGCCCAGCUCUCCCAGCCAAACUACGACACUUCAUACUUCAGAUCCCAAGCUUUGCGCAUUCUUCAAGGCAUUUACCUCCCUCAGCCACACACCGCAACAUGCGACGAAAUCGGCGACGACCCGACGCCCUCGUCCUGGAUCAGGGCCGUGUGCCAGAUGCAGGCUCCAAGUAGCACCCUCGAUCACUCUCUUCUAGCAUUUUGCGCCGUCCAGGUCAACUUGUCUGGUGAUUCGUGCCUGUCUCAGGACGAGACAGGCCAAGUUUACAACCACGCUCUGAGCAAGCUCAUUGAAGACUUGGACUCUCGGCAGCCGAGCAGCGACGAGAUGCUGGCUGCCAUCGUGGCCUUAUCGACAUGUGAGCUGUUCGUUUUCCCCACGGACUCAAGCUGGAGCGCCCACGCGCAGGGCAUAUCCGAACUCCUUCGCAAUCGCGGCGUGCCGGAGCAGGCCACGGCGAAUUGGAGAAGCUUAUGCGUCAUUCAAGGGUUGGGACAAAGACGUUCUCUUGGUCUUGAAGCAGACAGAUGGCGACGUUUAAUCGGCCCUUCGGGUGCUGACGACUCCUUCGUCCGAAUGAUGCAUAUAAUUGUCGAUGUACCCUCUAUGCUGCAAGAAGCACAUGCAAUCCUUUUAAGCGGCAACAACCCUUUGGCUGCCUCGCAGCACAGCGCCCGCCUCAUACAAAAAUUUGAAGAGCUCGAUUCUUGGAGACAGUUUCGCCAACGCAGCGUAGCGCCCGACCCCUUGUACUGGACCGUCAUGUCCAAGAUGAAUCACCCCGCCGACGAGGGAUACGCAGAUAAGCUGUUUCCGUUCGCUCUGAUGUUUUCGUCUAUGGGAAGCGCGAUUCAAUGGAUAUUUUGCUCUACAGUUAUGCUACACGUCAUUGAGGCAGCUUUCCUCCUUGAAGCGUUGGAAUUUACCACACCAAACGGUACCGGCAGCAUAUCUCCAUCACCGUCAGAUAACAGCAGCUCCAUGCUGGCAGAGGCAGAUGGACUAGCUCGCAUGCUCUGCCAGAGCAUUGAGUUCUGCUACCGCAAUGAUAACGGCCUCUUCGGGGCCCAGGCGACGUGCUCUACGCAGUGGACUCUGCGUAGAUACUUCCGUCGACGCGGACUUGCCAGGGAGUUGGAAUGGUGCAAGAGAAUCAAGAAUAUAAGGGGCCUAGCGUCAAGGUGUGGGAUCGAUCUGAUGCAAUUUGGGCCUGAUUGGUGA